UUGCUGUGUCAGUCGAGCAACACAACUCGAACGCAACGGUAGACGAGAAAAAAAGCACGGCUAAUGCCUCGUGCUUCUCCAAGCCCCAAAACCAAAAACAACAACAAGGCGUCGCCGAAAACAAGAGCAAUGGCAGUUGCAGGAACCACAUAUUCUCGUCAACCAUUAGCUAAUCUGCAAUUAAAUUAAAUUAAACAUAUUUUUUUCAAGUUUUCUUUGAAUAAAAUAAAAAGUUACCGUUCUAAAUAACAACUUAUAACUAAUAGUGCAAACAAAAAAAAUAGCAGCGCCCGCAUUUUGAAGUUACGUCAAAAGGAGUUAGUCGCGAAAGCAGAAUACCCGAAGAGCGUGAGGGAGAGAUCUGACGGAAAGGCAACGAAAGCACAACAGGAGAGCACGCGAUAAACGAAUUCAACUGUAAUUGGGAAAGGAGAAAAAGAGUGAAAGCAGUAGCAGAGGAAGCGACAGCGUCAGCGAAAUUUUUGCGUUUCCAGCCAGCCGGCUUGGCCAUCGAGGCGAUAAACCAGCGUGUGGGCAGUGGGAGAAGGAGCUAAGGAGGAGCAGGCGAGGGAGGCAAAACCGAAGGCUUAUGUAAAGCGUAAUAUGGAAGCAUGUCGUCUACUUCCAGCUCCGUGCUAGCGUUGUCAUCGUUUAAUCUAUUAUUUUUCACCCAAGUGCUCACGGUGCUCAGUUCGACGAUCAAGUACAACGAAUAUGCCACUGACAAAGGCGGCAAUGUGAGCAUACCCUGCAUUGCCCAGACCAACAUAAUGUGGGUGAAAGAGCACGGCAACAACAGCACUAUAGUUCAGACUGGUCGUGUUUUGGUGUUGCGCAAUGUCAGUAUCGCGGACUCUGGCAUUUACGUGUGCUUCGCCUCGUUGCCACGCCUAUCAACAACGCCUGUUACUAGAGCAUCUGUAAAACCUGCCACAUCAGCAACUACCUCAUCAGCAGCAAAGAAAGAGGAUGGGCAGGGUGACAGGGAUGGCGGCAAGGAGUCACCUAAGGAUUUGGAGCAAGAGGAGAUGGAAUACCAGGCUUUCCAGCGUACUAGACUCACCGUUCGUACGGUUCCCGGCCCGGUAACCCAGCUUUACUUCAAGGCCUCCACCAUCCUUGGCUUUCUCAUCUGGCGGUUCAACAAGACCCAGUCCGGGGGCUACCCGGUGCGCAGCUUCACGGCUGAGUUCCGAAACGUCUCCUACAGCUCUCCGCCAGCAAACAGCACUUUCGAGCAUGCCUGGAGCCGAAUGGAUCCUAUCAACAUAGCCCCCAAUGUGCGUCAAAUGGAAGUAUAUCGACUGGCACCUAACACCACCUAUGAGUUUCGGAUAUGGGCCAAUAACGAGCUGGGUAGCGGAGAGGUGGUCACCACGAACGUCACCACUCUGCCAGAGACCAAAGAGGAGGAUCUCAUACGCCUUAUAAAACCCGACUUAGACAAUUUCGAUCCACGCAUUUGGAUAGUGGCUGUCAGCAUUGUGCUCGGAACCCUUGUGAUAUUAGCGAUUGGACUCUGCAUUGUGCUAUCCAAGGAGUGCUAUCAGUCAACGCAAAUGGAACUGCAAGAUGGUUGGGACAGCAUUGAGCUUAUACCGAAUAUAAUACUUAAUCCCGGUUUCAGUGAAUCUGAUGGGGCAGGAGAGCCAGGUGCCGAAAGGGAGGAUGCAGAGGGGGAGGAUGAGGGAGAGGAGGAAGAGGAGGUCAUAGACCAGGCUCCACCCUUGGUUUUCCCCCGCACUAUUCUUUUCUCUCCGCCCCAGGGCCACCAACUGCAAAACGCCCACGCUACCGCUGCCCAUUUGCACCACUCCCAUUAUCCGCAUUACCCAAACCGCCGGCAGAACUACAACCCGCAUCACCGAAGACGCGACGAGGAGGAGGAGGAGUACGAGGAGGAGCAGGAGCCCACCAUAGAGCGGUUCAAGCGAAAGGUGUCGGUCUUCUUCACCGGUCCCACCAUCAAACGUAUUUGAAAGUACAAACACUUGAGCCCCAGGUUGUUGAUUGCUGUUUGAUCGACCGAUAGUCUACAAAAUAAAUAAAUAGUUUAUAAAAAAAGAAAGAGCUUAUCGGCCAAAUAUUAUUUUUAUUAGGUUUUUGCUUGAAAGCUAGAAAGUAUAAAAGAACAUCAAAGCUAACCAUGUCCCCUUUGGUUUUUGCUCAUUUUUGCUUAUUCAGAUCACAAGUUAUAUAAUAUAAAAAGAUAUAUAUAUACUCUAUGUUAUAAAGCAUACACUAGUAUUAUACACUGAAAACAAAUAUAUUGCUGUGAUACAAAUUCAAUUAAAACGACAUUAUAAGAACUCAAAACCUUAGACACACAAUUUAAAUUAUGAACCAUCAUGAAUUUUGCUGAAGCUCUUAAAAGAAAAAAAGACCCAAUUGCAUAUUGCCUGGUUAAAAAAUUUAUCUGAGUUUUAAAGAUCCGAUCAGAUCAGAAAUAUACAAAUUAUAUAUGUAUAUACGUAUAUUAUAUUGCAGACGUGAAAGUUGGCUUAGAGAUUCAACUUAAAAAAAUAAAGAAAUGGGAUCUACCUUGGUUCUUUAUUAUUUAUAUUUUAAAAUCUCUGAUCCCAAAAAUACUAAACAGAUACUUUGUGGCAUUUGGGAAAAAUUAAAUGGUAAGCUGUCUGAUUUUUUUCAAAAAAUAUUAAAUCAAAAUUAGUAUAAAAGAAUAUGCUGCAAAGGAUCUCUUAUAGUCAGGACAUCGACUAUAGCGUUCCAAUUUAUUUCGGUUUUAGGUUCGAAACGAUUUAACAAACUGUGAAACAAUUUUAUAAUUGAGCAAAUAUUUUGCACUGUAGAGCGCACCAAACGAUCUAUUUAUGGAUAUAUAAAUAUAUUGAUAAAGAAAAGUUUGAUACAAAUUUUAAAUAAAAAUGAAAAAUUGGCUUUGCCUCGUGCUUUAGUUCGGCCUCACAGCUAAUAAAAUAAAACCAAAGAGUAUGAAAUUGUAAAUGAAAAAAUAUAUAUAGUGAUAGUUAAUGUAGCUGAAUAACCAAAUAUUUUAAAUGAUAAAAAAAACUGCUUCCACACACAAACAUCAAUAAAAAAAUAGAACCCAUAACCACAAACAAUGAAAUUGUUAUAAAAGAUAAAUCAAAACUAAUUUUAAACAAGCGAUUAUUGUGUAUAUGUAUAUAUACAGACUCAAAACCAAUAUGAAAGGACAUAUAGAGGAGUGUUGUACAUAGAAAUAUUAGGUAUCUUAAGAAAGACUGUAGUUACCUAUUAAGACACUUUGGCCUACGCUAUUACCAGUUCCUUGGUUCGAUAUGAUAGGCACUUCAAAAUGUAUUUAUUUUUUGCAUCGACCUGCUAAAGCUAUCCAAAAACACGUAUACAGAAAUACAUACUAUAUAUUUUAAUGUAAUUCGGAAUGGGUACUUAACAUAAAUGCAAAGUAAACCAAAAAAGUUGAAUAUCAUCUGACUCAAUUGCUUAUUAAAUCUUUCCUACGCCCUGAUCGUAAACUCUUCGCUGAAUUCCGAGUCCUAACAGCUUCGGUUUGGGGCAUAUUAGUACUGCGCUAGCUCCCCAAAAUAUAUUCGUAUCCGAUCCGACUCUAAACGAGGCAGAUAGGCUUUUUAACACCAAUGAAAAUCAAACAAGAACUUUGAAAAAAACGAAAUAAAAAUAAAUCUAAGUUUACAAUCGAAAUUACAAGUAUUUUUUACAAGGGAGGCUCCACUUAUUAGUUUUCUUACAAAUAUUAUACACCAUUCUAUUGUGAUCCUUGGAAUUGAUUUUGAGGAUCUUUGAAUGGAUUUAAAUAACAAUAAUUACUUAAAUAAAAUAAAAGAAACUGUGACAAAUAUUCUUUAAAAAUGCAUUGGUUUUUUAUUGUUUGACAAAAAAAAACGAAGCGUAUUGUAUUAAAAAUAGUGGAUGGGAAGUUGAUAUGGGUGGUGGGGAUGGGCUGUAUUGAUCGGUCGCGUGAGGGGUGUGCGAAGGGCGAUCUGGGUUGUCAUCUUGACCAUCCAGGACAUCUGACUCCAGAGUUAUAAAGCUCUGG